AUGAAGGAGAUGACUUGCUUCUGUGGUGUUCCAGAAGAGCUUUGGAACAAAAGAGAUUUGCUUUCCUCAGAGCUGGCUGUGGCCCAGCUGAACCUGGGUUGUAUGGUGCAGGACACCAUUCUCUCAAGGGGGCAGGAAUGUGGCCAGGCAUCAAACUUACUUAUUUUGGUUGAACUUAUAGGAGAGUUCCAAGUUUUUGUAAGUGGUUUAUCUCCAGUCAACUGCCAGUGGGAUUCCUAUGCCCCUUGGUCAGAAUGCAACGGCUGUACCAAGACUCAGAGUCGCCGGCAGUCAAUUGCUGUUUAUGGUCAGUAUGGGGGCCAACCUUGUGUCGGAAGUGCUUUCGAAAUGCAAUCCUGUGAACCAAGAAGAGGAUGCCCAACAGAAGAAGGAUGUGGAGAACGUUUCAGGUGUUUUUCAGGUCACUGCAUCAGCAAAUCUUUGGUUUGCAAUGGGGAUUCUGACUGUGAGGAAGAUAGCUCUGAUGAAGACAAAUGUGAAGACUCAGAAAGCAGACCUUCCUGUGACAUUGAUAAACCUCCUCCGAAUGUAGAACUUACUGGAAAUGGCUACAAUGCACUUACUGGCCAAUUUAGGAACAGAGUCAUCAAUACUAAAAGUUUUGGUGGUCAAUGCAGAAAGGUGUUUAGUGGAGAUAAAAAAGAUUUCUACAGACUGAGUGGAAAUGUCCUCUCCUACACAUUUCAGGUGAAAGUAAAUAAUGAUUUUAACUAUGAAUUUUACGAUAGUAGUUGGUCAUAUGUAACACAAACAUCAACAAUACAUACAUCAUCCAGUAUAAAGAAGUCCUUUUUCGGAUCUUCAUCUUCUUCUUCUUCACACAGUAGCACUUCAAAUAACCAUGAAAUCCAUAAGAAAAAGAGUUAUCAGUUGAUGAUUAUUCAGAAUACUGUGGAAGUGGCUCAGUUCAUCAAUAACAAUCCAGAAUUUUUACACCUUGCUGAGCCAUUCUGGAAAGAACUCUCCCAUCUCCCCUCCCUCUAUGACUACAAUGCUUAUAGAAGACUAAUCGACCAAUAUGGGACUCAUUAUUUGCAGUCUGGAUCCUUAGGAGGAGAAUACAAAGUUCUCUUUUAUAUAGACUCGGAAAAAAUGAAACAAUAUGGUUAUGAUUCAUUAAAUAUGAAGGAAUGUUCUUUCUCAGGCUUAAAUUUUGUCAUUGUUAAAACAUCAGAGAACAAAUGCAAGGACCUACUAGAUGCCUUAAAAUCAGCUUCAGGAAACCAGAAUAACGUGUUACAUGGGGUCCCGUUUGUCAGAGGCGGAAGUUCAGGCUUAAUAGCUGGCCUUAGUUUCCUAGAGCUGGACAACCCUGCUGGAAACAAAGAGCGAUAUUCUUCCUGGGCAGAAUCUGUGACUAGUCUCCCCCAAGUCAUAAAACAAAAGCUGACUCCUUUAUAUGAGCUGGUAAAGGAAGUGCCCUGCGCUUCUGUGAAGAGACUCUACCUGAAGCGGGCCCUGGAGGAGUACCUGGAUGAAUUUGACCCUUGCCAUUGCCAGCCUUGUCAAAAUGGUGGCAUGGCCACUGUUGAGGGGACCCAAUGUCAAUGCCAUUGCAAGCCAUACACAUUUGGUGCAGCAUGUGAGAAAGGCGACCUCGUGGAGGAUCAAGCAGGAGGGGUUGACGGAGGUUGGAGCUGCUGGUCUCCUUGGAGCCUCUGUGUUCAAGGGAAGAAAGCAAGGAGCCGAGAAUGCAAUAACCCACCUCCCAGUGGUGGAGGAAAAUUGUGUAUUGGAGAAACAUCAGAAAGCAGGCAGUGCGAAGACAAGGAGUUGGAGCAUUUUCGAUUACUUGAACCACACUGUUUUCCUCUGUCAUUGGUUCCAACAGAAUUCUGUCCAUCACCCCCUGCCUUGAAAGAUGGAUUUGUCCAAGAUGAAGGUUCCAUGUUUCCUGUUGGGAAAAACAUAGUAUAUACUUGCAAUAAAGGGUAUUCUAUUAUUGGAAAUCCUGUUGCCAGAUGUGGAGAAGAUUUGAAGUGGCUUGUUGGAGAAAUGCGUUGUCAGAAAAUAGCCUGUAUCUUACCUGCACUGAUGGAUGGCAUACAGAGCCACCCCCACAAGCUCUUCUACCCAGUGGGCCAGAAGGUGACUCUUUCCUGUUCAGGUGGCAUGUCCUUAGAAGGUCCUGUAACCUUUCUCUGUGGCUCCAGCCUAAAGUGGAGUCCUGAGAUGAAGAAUGCUCGGUGUGUGCAAAAAGAAACCCCUUUGAAACAGGCAGAGCCUGAAUGUCAGCGCUGGGAGAAACUGCAGAAUGCAAGAUGUGUUUGUAAAAUGCCUUAUGAAUGUGGAUCCUCUUUGGAUGUAUGUGCUCAAGAUGAGAGAAGCAAAAGAAUCUUGCCUCUGACGGUUUGCAAGAUGCAUGUUCUUGCCUGCCAGGGCAGAAAUUACACUCUUGUUGGUGGGGAGAGAUGUAUUCCACCGGCCACAGCCAAGAAAGCUUGUGGAGCUUGUUCACUAUGGGAAAACUGUGACGCUCAGAGCAGCCAGUGCGUCUGCCGAGAAGCCUUGGAGUGCAGCAAGGAAGACGGGUUUAGCGUUUGUGUGGAAGUGAACGGCCAGGAGCAGACGAUGACAGAGUGCAAGGCUGGUGCCCUGAGAUGCCGAGGGCAAAGCAUCUCCAUCACCAGCAUCAUGCCCUGUGCUGCAGAAACCUAG